CCCCCCAAGUUCCCGAGAGACCGCCCCGAGUGUGCUCGCCCGAGCUUCUUCCCUCGCGCCGUCCGGUGCCCUCGGUGUCCCCGCCGCGCUGGACCGGACAUGCUGCCCGACUGCCUGUCGGCGGAGGGCGAACAGCGCUGCCGGCGGUUGCUGGCGGGAGCCACGGCCCGGCUGCGCGCGCGGCCUGCGGCGGCCGCGGUCCUCGUACCGCUGUGCUCGGUGCGCGGGGUCCCGGCGCUACUCUACACGCUGCGGUCCAGCCGCCUGGCCGGGAGGCACAAGGGUGACGUCAGUUUCCCAGGUGGCAAGUGUGACCCCGCUGACCGGGACGUGGUGCACACGGCCCUGAGGGAGACGCAGGAGGAGCUGGGCAUGGCUGUGCCCGAGGAGCAGGUGUGGGGAGUCCUGCGGCCCGUGCACGACCGGGAAAAGGUCACAGUGGUGCCAGUGCUGGCUGGCGUGGGCCCGGUGGAUCCCCAGAGCCUCAGGCCCAACCCUGAGGAGGUGGAUGAAGUGUUCGCCCUACCCCUGGCCCAUCUGCUGCAGGAGCAGAACCAAGGUUACACCCACUUCUGCCGUGGUGGCCACUUCCAGUACACGCUGCCCGUAUUCCUGCACGGGCCACACCGGGUCUGGGGGCUCACAGCCGUCAUCACUGAGUUCACCCUGAAGCUGCUGGCCCCUGGCGUCUACCAGCCCCGCCUGGCUGGCCCGGAGCUGCCCCGGGGCUGAAGGCCUGGCCCCGAGCAGGCCCUGCCUCUGCCCAGCCAGGCCGGCUCCUCUCCAGGACUGAAUAAACCCUUUCCCAACACCGUG